AUGACCGAGUCCGUAUCGACGACGACGCCUGCCGUCGAGUGGCCGGCCGCGAAGGUGCGCAGCGCGUUCCUCGACUUUUUCCGCGAGCGUGGUCACACCUUUGUGCCGUCGAGCUCGACCAUUCCCUAUGAUGACCCGACUCUUUUGUUCGCAAACGCGGGUAUGAACCAGUACAAGUCCAUCUUCCUCGGCACGGUGGACCCCUCGUCGAACUUUGCCAAGAUGAAGAGCGCUGUGAACUCGCAAAAGUGUAUCCGCGCUGGCGGUAAGCACAACGACCUGGACGACGUCGGCAAAGAUACCUACCACCACACCUUCUUUGAGAUGCUUGGCAACUGGAGCUUUGGCGACUACUUCAAGGUGUACGGCCUGCCAGCCGACCGCUUGUACGUCACCUACUUUGAGGGCGACUCUAAGCUCGGCCUCGACGCAGACACUGAGGCGCGCGACUACUGGCGCGCGGUCGGCGUCGCGGACGACCACCUGCUCACCGGUGACGCCAAGGACAACUUCUGGGAGAUGGGCGCGACCGGACCGUGUGGCCCUUGCAGUGAAAUCCACUACGACCGUAUCGGUGGCCGCAACGCAGCGUCGCUCGUGAACCAGGACGACCCCAACGUGCUAGAGGUCUGGAACGUUGUCUUUAUGCAAUACAACCGCGAGGACGACGGCUCGCUGCGCCCGCUCCCUGCGCGCCACAUUGACACGGGUAUGGGCUUUGAGCGCCUGGUGUCUGUCCUCCAGGACAAGCCGUCGAACUACGACACGGACGUCUUUGCACCCCUCUUUGCCCGCAUCCAGGAGCUGACCGGUGCUCGUGCCUACGAGGGCAAGCUCGGCGAGGAGGACAAGGACGGUAUCGACACGGCCUACCGUGUCGUUGCUGACCACAUCCGUACGCUCGCUUUUGCGAUGAGCGAUGGCGGUGUCCCUGACAAGGAUGGCCGUGGCUACGUCCUGCGCCGCAUUUUGCGCCGUGGUGUGCGCUUUGUGCGCAAGUACUUCGAGGUGCCGAUUGGCAGCUUCUUCUCGCAGCUGCUCCCGACGCUGGUCGAGCAGCUCGGCGAGUUCUUCCCCGAACUGACGCGGAAGACGGACGACAUCAAGGCGAUUCUCGACGAGGAGGAGCAGUCGUUUGCCCGCACGCUGGACCGUGGCGAGAAGCUCUUUGAGCAGUACGCGCGCCAGGCCAAGGCCGAGGGCCGCACGAAGCUCAGCGGCUCGGACAUCUGGCGCCUGUACGACACCUUUGGUUUCCCGGUCGACCUGACGAGCAUCAUGGCCGAGGAGCAGGGCCUGACCUUUGACCAGGCCGAGUUUGACAAGGCCCAGGCCGAAAGCAAGGAGGCGAGCAAGGGUGGCCCCAAGGAGCAGGCCCUCGACACGGUCAAGCCCGACGUGCACGACCUCGCUCACCUCGAGGGCGACGCUUCGGUUCCCAAGACCGAGGACAAGUUCAAGUACGACCAGCCCACGAUCCACGCCACGGUCAAGAGCAUCUUCCAGGAGCACAAGUUCUUCCAAAGCUCGAGCGAGCUCCCCGAGACGGGCUCGCCGUUUGGCGUGCUGCUGGACCGCACCAACUUUUACGCCGAGAGCGGUGGUCAGCAGGCUGACACGGGUAGCCUGGUGAUUGACGGUAAAACCGAGUUCGAGGUGACGAGCGUGCAGGUGUACAACGGCUACGUGGUGCACGUCGGCUACCUCAAGUACGGCGAGCUGGCGGUCGGCCAGGAGGUCGUGUCGGAGUAUGACGAGAGCCGCCGCCGUCCCCUGCGCAGCAACCACACGGGUACGCAUAUCCUCAACUUUGGCCUGCGCGAGGUGCUCGGCGACCACAUCGACCAGAAGGGUUCGCUUGUCGCUCCUACCAAGCUCCGCUUUGACUUCUCGCACAAGGCUGCCCUGUCCAUUCCCGAGGUGAAGGAGAUUGAGGCGAUCAGCAACAAGUUCAUCGACCGCAACGUCCCGGUGUACUCGAAGGACAUGACUCUCGAGGAGGCGUACAAGAUCCCCGGUCUCCGCGCCGUCUUUGGCGAGGCCUACCCCAACCCCGUGCGUGUCGUUUCUCUGGAGUUUGACGUGGACGACAUUGCCAAGGACCUCGAGAACCCCAAGUGGCGCAGCACUAGCAUCGAGUUCUGCGGUGGUACGCACGUGGCCAAGACGGGUGAUAUCAGCAAGCUGAUCGUCACCGAGGAGGGUGGUAUUGCGAAGGGUAUCCGCCGUGUCACAGCCGUGACGGGCGACGAGGCCGCGGCGGUAACGCGCACUGCCGACGAGGCUACUGCGCGCCUCGAGGCCAUUGAAAAGAUCACGGACCAGAGCGAGAAGGACGCACAACUCAAGGCGUACAGUGUUGAGCUUGCGCGUAUGGACAUGAGCGUUCUCCGCAAGGACGAGCUCAAGACGCGCUUUGCCAAGACGCGCAAGGCCCUUGACACGCAGCUGAAGGCCAAGUCGGCAGCCGACAUCAAGGCCGCGCAGGAGGCAGUGACCAAGUACUUUGCCGAGAACCCCGAGGCGAACGUGUACGUGGCCAAGCUCGACGUCGACGCAAACGCUAAGGCGCUCCAGUCGGGUAUCGCGGCUGCGCGCAAGGCCGACAAGGCGGUCUACCUCUUUGCGCAGGACAAGUCGGCGAGCGGCCCUGCGAAGACCAUCUACAGCAACUUUGUGCCGAAGCAGGCACUUGACGCUGGCCUCGAUGCUGUCUCUUGGAACAAGACCAUCUCGGAGAAGCUCCAGGGCCGCGGCGGUGGCAAGCCCGAUGGUGCACAGGGCCAGGGCGAGGCGUCGAAGGAGGCACUCGACGAGGCGCUCAAGCUCGCCGAGGACUUUUACAAGCUCAAGCUCGGGCAGUAA